AUGUGGUCUCGGCGCAAACGCAGCGAGGGCGCAGCAUUGAGGUGGGACGAGAAGCCCCGCCCCACCUCCACCUCCCCGCGCCAUCCCAGCUGGCUCCGCCGCUCGUACCGCAUCGACCCACGCGCGAUCCUCACCCGGGUCGCGCUGGUGUUCGUCCUCGGCGCGCUCGCGCGCCUCGUCGUCACCUCGGACUGGGCCGUGGACGUCGCAGACGCCUGGCACGCGCGCCGGCACGGCCUGCAGGGGGCGUGUCCCCCAGAGCUGUGGGCGCGCGGGAACUCGCGGGAGGUGCUCUGGCACCUCGCCGCGGAUCGGGAGGAGCAGUUCGACCGGUUUCCGAACGUGGCGAGCUGGUGGUGGGAGCCUUCGAGGAGGUGCUCGGCGGUGGAGGCGAGCGCGCAGGCUCUGGUCAGGCAUCUGGUGGAGAACGGUGGAUGGCUGCUCAUUGGAGACUCGGUGACGGAGGGCCAUUUCUUCUCCCUUUCAUGCAUGCUCUACCCUCACGUACGAGCGACGCCCGAUUACACCAAAAGCAAAACAUUCGACCGCGCUUGGCCUCAGAACCUCUACCUCGACCCUUCCUCGCCCCUCUUCUCUAGUCUCAAGCUCCCAGAAGGCUUCGAUGUAGCCACCACCCCGCUCGUCACUUUCCGCCGCGUCGACCUCCUCCUGAUGCCUUCCCGGCUCGACGACCUCUACUGGCAACUGCACCCCACCUCCAAGUACCUCCACAACAGAACAACCCUGUUCUCCGACGAGCCUCUGUGGAGCCUCUCGCCUGCAGAGUAUGUGGGCAUGCUCACUUCCCCGCGUCCGGUCGGCGGAUACUCGACGUUGAUCGUGAGCACCGGCGGACAUUGGACCACGGGCGCCUUUGCCGCCCUCAAAGACGACUGGCGCUCCAACCACGGCAUCUUCAACGUCGUCGACUUCUUCCGCGAGGCGAUGCAGGUCUGGGCCGGGGAGGUGCAGGCGCUGCUCGACGGCGCCCGCGGCGGGUCCUACCACGCACCCUCGGACGCGACGGAGCAGGCCCGCCUCGCGCCGGGCGGACGCCGGGUGUCGCGACGUCCGAAGCCGCGGGGCGCGUGGCAGGUGCUCGUCCGCGCGUACGUGCCCGGGCACGACAGCUGCCACUCGAAGCGGCACCCGGUCUGGCGGCACACGAAGGGGAUGAGCGCGUCGUACAACUGGCCGCAGAUCGCGGACUUCAACCGUGCGUUCUCGGACGUGCUCAGCGGCGGAGACUACCCCGACAUCCACUACCUCGGGAUCGACGGCCCAGCGGUGCUCCGGCCGGACACGCACGUCGCGGGCGACUGUCUGCACUUCAUGACCGGGUCUGGGGUGGUCGAGGGUUGGACGCAGUACAUCUGGCACUACGUCACCGUCGAGAUUCCUGACCUCGUGCGAUCCGGAAGAUGA